AUGACCGCCCCUACACGGCAAUUUCACAGGCUGUCCAUCGGUCGAAAUAUGUCUGAUCAGACACUGCCUGCCCGCGCGGGGCGGCCGGACCCUCCAGACAGUGAUGACAGCGGUUCGUCAGUGGAAAGUUCCAGUGACGAGGAGGCAAGUGAGGAAGAAGAGGCCGAAUCGAACAGCGCAUCGAUCUUGGCCCCCUCGGGCAUUACAUAUGAUCUGAGCCACCUGGACUCCGAGACUGAGGCCAGAGCUCUCGUGGGGUUAACCGGUAGCUUCGACGUCGUCAACUGUCGACACACGACCGCCGGGUAUGAAUUCCAGCUGCUCGAUCGCCCGCAGGUCCAUAUUGGGUCGGAUUCAUCUACGUGCACUUGCUCCGUCUUUCAAAGCCACCCGGACGGGGCUUGUCAGCACAUCUUUGUGAGUAUACUCUGGCUCGUUGACCAACUCCAUGGCUGUUUUGUUCGAGAGCCUCCAUCUAUGGAGGUGGCACUAGCUCCAGAUGGACGCCCAGAUCUCCAGCCCCGGCUGGAGAGUCUCUUGGAGGGCAACUUGGAGGCUGUUGCAGCCCGCCUCAGGUGGCAAUGCCUACGGGAUGAAGGUGACGGUACAGGUAGCGGUAUGACGCGAACUCAGAAGGUCAAGGACAUCUUCUCUGCAUUUAGCGAGACUCUUCCUGAGGAGUUCCGACCAGACUUGAACGAGACGACCGAGCAUGCACGGACCGCAGAGCAAUGUGUUGUUCAGGGAGACUUCGAGGCCACAAUCUAUCGUUUGGCGGUGCAUGACGACGGCGUUUUCAACAGCCUGUGUAAGGUCAUGCCACCCGGCGCCUGUGCAGCCAUCUACUUCGACAAAGUCCAAGGCCAGUCCCGCCGACUGUUGAACGACUUCGAUCGAUACUGCUCAGCCGAGCCGCACACAGAUCCUGCAAGCCAGGGCGGGGCGGUAGACGUCAACGAGGUGGUGGAACAACUGCAGCUUGCUGUGUCACGAAUUGCGGCCAACAUCGCAGCUCGGAGUCCACACGGGUGUGAGGGCGCCGGCGAGGCUCUGGUGUCUCUACUCGAGUCGGUUGUGGCCCGCAACAACGAUCCCCUUGAGCACAAUCGUUUCCGCGACUCAUUUCACGGCGAAGAUGAAGACCAGCGCAAUCUUUACCAUUUGCUUAUAGGUUCGAUCGAGACCGAAUCUGAAACAGACGCGCGGCACUUUGUGCUUCACGCGCUAAAUACGCUGCCGCCGCUGGACCUCUACCAAUUCGAGAACCGGCUGCAAGACAUCCUUCGCAAGCUCGAAGUCAAUCGUGCUCCAAAGCAAUAUCUUCUCAAUCUUGGCUCUCUACUGCAAACUGCGAGGUCCGGUGCCGCGAUGGCAUCGGGGCAGAAACGGCCAGCAGCUGGCAAUGGGAACUCGGGAGGUUACUCGAAACGCACCCGCUGA